CAUCCUUAUGCAGUCAAAUACCGUGUGUGUAACAGCUGUGCUGAUAUGGAGCCGUAAAUCUGGUGGAUUGGUUACGUUUUGAUUAAAAUUUGGGUUUCAUUAAAUUUCUGAAAUAAAAUGUCUACAAUAAUGUUCUUACGUCAAUUAUCGAAUACCGGCAAUCUGCGUCGAAGUUUUCGUUUAUUUCAACGUGCAACCUCAUCAACUAGCAGUACGGACACUUCGUCUACGACCCUUCUCUACGAACGUGAUCCACAAGCACAAUUUACUGACCAUGAAACACAGAAGCUACUCCAAUCGAUGACACAACUUCAGCUGGAUAAAAUUUUCGAAAAGACUACGGUACCGGACAAUUCCGUAGAUUACAAACUUAUGACUGUCGAAAUGCUGGAAGAGGAGUUCCGUAAAACCAUUGAACGGGCAAAAAAACGCUUAGAGAUGCCGCCAGUAGUGCAAAUAAAAAAAGAUGAACGGCAAAUAAUAUCAAAUGAUGUAGCCAUAAGUGGUUUCUCAGAUUCUAAAUAUGUUAUAACAGAUAUAACUUAUGGGUUACGUCAGUCAGAACGCAAGGUAGUCGUGCGGCAAACUGAUGGAACCCUCGAGUACGCUCCUAUGGAGAUAACAAAGCGUAUGCGCCAAUUAUACUUCCCACUUAAUGGACGCAGUAUACGGGUUCCUCGAAUGUUUGAAGGUGAGCAUUUACAACGUUGUUUGGAAGAACAAAAAUAUUUGUUUAUAUUGAACCGAAUGGUGGUGCAAUUCGAGCCCUAUGAACCGGAAUUCCAUCACAUUAGCAGUCUGGUUUAUCAGCAUAUCAAUGAAACCAAACAAUUUGAUGUGUUACGCUCUACGAGACAUUUUGGACCAAUGGCAUUCUUUUAUGCGUGGCAUCGUUGUAUUGAUGACUUGCUUUACGAUAUGGUGAGAAGAGACUAUCUCCAAAAUGCGGCAGAGCUCAUUUCACUUUUGUAUAAAUUACACGACAUCAAAUCCAACUAUAAGGAUCUUUUAAAACAAUUAGACCAAAUAAGACCUGGAGAAGACUUGGCUUUGAAGGAACUCCAAAAUGAGUUGAAGCGUGCGUCUAAAAAUGUUAAAGAGGAUAUCGAGUCGACUAUCGGGAAAACACGAGCGGAUUUCGAAGCAGAUAGUUUAUGCCUGCAGUUUAUAGAAGAUUAUAUCAGCAAGCACGCACUAAAGAAAGUUCAACUGGAGUUGGCAACACAAACGAUAAAAGAAAUAAAUGCAGAAAAAAGGCAACUGUUUGAGGGCCUAAACAAAGCGCACGGCGUUUCUUAAGUGCUAUAUAUUUACUUUUAUGAAAUUAUUUAGUAAAAUUCGGAGCUUAAAAAUAAACCUGUUGUAUUGUAUUUAAGAAAAUACUUUAUAUA